AUGGGACCUGUGCAUUUGGGGACGCUACUUUUCUUUUUGACCGUUUUCAGGGUUUGGGCAGGGACGCCGAAGGAACUGGAUGAUGACUUGGAACGCUUGCCCAGCAAAUGUGAAGUCUGUAAGCUUCUAAGCCUGGAGCUCCAGGAGGAACUGAGCCGCACUGGCCGGUCUCGAGAGGUGCUGGAGCUGGGCCAGGUGCUGGACACAGGCAAGAGGAAGAGACAUAUCCCUUACAGUGUUUCGGAGACAAGACUAGAAGAGGCUUUGGAGAAUCUUUGUGAGCGGAUCCUGGAUUACAGUGUUCAUGCUGAACGCAAGGGUUCACUGAGAUAUGCCAAGGGCCAGAGUCAGACCAUGGCAACCCUGAAGGGCCUGGUUCAGAAGGGAGUGAAGGUGGAUCUGGGGAUCCCUCUGGAGUUGUGGGAUGAGCCCAGUGUGGAGGUCACAUUCCUUAAGAAACAGUGUGAAACAAUGCUGGAAGAGUUUGAAGAAGUUGUGGAAGACUGGUACUUCCACCACCAAGAGCAGCCUCUACAGCAGUUUCUCUGUAAAGGGCGUGUGCUCCCAAGUGCAGACACUGCAUGUCUGGAGGAAACUUGGACUGGAAAGGAGAAGAUCACAGAUGGACAGGAGACAACAGAAGAGGAGGAGGAACAUGAAGAGGAGGAAGAAGAGAUAACCGAAACACCAGACCACCCCAAGCAUGAUCCAGAGGAUCUUUGA